CUAUUACAUUUAUUGAGCUAUGAACGCACUGCCCAGGGAAGUGCUGAAAUGGCUUCAAAGUCUUGAUCUAUCCAUCAGCGUUAAGAAUCCCAAAUGGGAUUUUUCAAACGGAUAUUUGGUCGCUGAGAUUUUAUCAUGGUACCAUCCUAAAGAAAUCAAGAUCCACUGCUUCAACAAUGGAACAUCAAUCCAGAGUAAACUAUUGAACUGGAAUUUGCUCGAAACUUUUUUCAAAAAUAAAAACUAUGCAAUUGACCGAGAUGUAAUGGAAGGAACGAUACACUGUAAAAGUGCAGCAGCUGAGGUUCUAGUUGAACAACUUUACACCACCCUCACUAACAGGCCUACUUACAGACUUACUCCACGGAACCAAACAUUUAACGAUCUAUCUUAUCAGUCGAAGUUACCAUUACACGCAAGAGCAACAGCUUCGACAGCAAUAAAGAACAAUCUAGCAAACACAGAACUGGAAACGGGACCUGAUACCAGCCAUCUGAUGAGCAAGACUCAACACAUCAUAUCUUUACACCAGCAACACAGACAGAGCCAACGUCUGCAGGAUCCAGAUAGGUUUGGAAUAAAACCAACGUUAGGGGAAAUCAGGCCGAAAAUGAAGCCUGAAAGCAGUCAAAAUGACCGCAAUGGAAUAUGUCAGUCGAAGCAAGGGCGCAAAAGUCGUCCAGUGUCCGCUAACAGGGUGCCAGAAAAUGUUCAGUUUGCUGAAAUAAAGGUGAAACAAAGUGGCAGAGAUCUCCCUGCCAGCAGUAUGGAUCAGAUCAAAGGGCAGAUUCACAACGAUAUGUUUGGCACCUAUCAGCCGACAAUAAAGCUAGGCGAGAGUACCGGGUACUCGGCAGUGGCUCAGCAUUCCAGAUGAGGAUGAAGAGGAUAGAGCAUUCUUGAAAUAUAUGCGACUUGAGGACGAAGAAUUCCAUUUAGGCCAUGACUUUUUAGUGGAAUUUUAAAGGAUUACACGAAUGUUAGUUUUUAUCAAAGUUUGAUGCUUUAUUAAUGCUAGUAGUUCAUUGGAUUUUAUUCUGUCAGAAACAGGAAUUUUAAGAAGAUCAGUCUUGAAGAACUUGAUUUAUCUGAAAUAAUAUAGAUUACGAAGACCAUUAAUGACUUGGAAAGUCUGAUUAUCUUAUCACAAUAUCAAAUAAGGGACCCUUUUUCUGCUUGAACUCUUUGCUUUUUUGCAAAGGAAUAUUCAAAUUGAUAUUAAAUGUAAAUGUUGUACUAUUUUCGUUACCACUAGGUUGAUGAUAAUGAUAUCUAAUUAUAAUUUCUUUAAUUC